GUGCCUGCGGGGCAUCAGCAGGACAGAGGGACCUGGCUGCUGUCCCUGCAGGCUUGCUGGCCAGCAACCUCCCUGUGGCCUUGGGGGCCUGGCCCCAGCACCCCAGUUAUCUCCACGGGUUCCGGAACCCGGGCCAGGGUGACGAGGCAGGAAGCCCUGGGCCACAGUGGAGCACACGACAGCAUGUGGAGGGCCUUGCUGUGGCUUCUGGGGCUGGGGCUCAGCCUGGUGGGCAGCAACCCAACCCCCAGCAUCUACGAUGAGGACUAUGCAGCCAGCACACUGGCGCCCUGGGCCAGGCUGGAGGCGGCAAGGACCCCACAGCAGGCAGCCCCACGAAGCUUCCCUGGCCAGGCCUAUGCCAACGACAGUGACGCGCUGGUGCUCACGGACAGCUCACAGGCGCUGCUACUGGGCUGGGUGCCCACGCAGCUGGUGCCUGCACUAUAUGUGCUGGCACUGGCAGUCGGGCUGCCGGCCAAUGCGCUGGCGCUCUGGGUGCUGGUGGUGCGCGGCCCCCGGCUGCCAGCCACCACACUGCUCAUGAACCUGGCGGCCGCUGACCUGCUGCUGGGCCUGGCGCUGCCACCACGCCUGGCCUACCACCUGCGUGGCCAGCACUGGCCUUUCGGAGAAGUGGCCUGCCGCUUGUCAACAGCCGCCCUCUACGGCCACAUGUACGGCGCAGUGCUGCUGUUAGCCGCCAUCAGCUUGGACCGCUACCUGGCCCUGGUGCACCCACUGCGUGCCCGGGCCCUCCGUGGACACCGCCUGGCCACUGGGCUCUGUGUGGGUGCCUGGCUGGUGGCCACUGCGCUGGCCACACCCCUGGCCCUGCAGCGGCAGACCUUCCGCCUGGCAGGCUCCGACCACCUACUGUGCCAUGACGCUCUGCCGCUGGCCACCCAGGCAUCCUUCUGGCAGCCGGCGUUCGUGUGCUUGGCUGUGCUCGGCUGCUUUCUGCCCUUGCUGCUCAUGGUGCUGUGCCAUGGGGCCACACUGUAUGCACUGGCGGCCAGUGGCUGGCGGCACAGCCACGCGUUGCGGCUCACAGCCCUUGUGCUGGCCUCAGCCGUAGCCUUCUUCGUGCCUAGCAAUACGCUGCUGCUGCUACACUACUCGGACCCCAGCCCAGGCAGGUGGGGAGACUUGUAUGGCACCUAUAUACCCAGCCUGGCGCUCAGCACCCUCAACAGUUGCGUGGACCCCUUCCUAUACUACUACGCAUCCCCUGAGUUCAGGGACAAGGUGCAGGGGCAGCUGUGUCGCUGGCUGACUGCAGGCACCACUUCCCAGGGGUCCCAGGAAGUGGGUGGCCCAGGCACUGGCUCCUCCCAGCUCUGAAAGCUCCCCAGGGUGGUGGGAGGACAGGGUGAGUCCCCCAGUCACAUCUACCCGUGGGACACUACUGUCCUCAGAGUCAGCUGGACCCUGGACCCUGUGUCUUCUGAGAGAUGGGAUUCAGUGGCUGUCACCAUGGGGGCUAGACUGAGGAAGCCAUAGCCCCUGCCACAAGGAUUCUGGCAAGGUGCCGAGUCUCUCUGGAACUGGGUGUAGCAUAUCCUGAGGCUCUGAGCUGUGGUCCUCAUGGCAGCUUGUGCCUGAGGGUGCAAUGGCAAGGUCCAGACCACACAGCCAGAGCUGACAUCUCAGCCCAAUGUGACUUCGUCUAGGGAAUGAAGCUUUUUCCUGGGAACAUCUGCCCAACUGGCAAUCCUGCUCCUCCUGGACCCCAAGGCACCAGCCCAUCCUGUUGCCCACAUCC